AUGCCCGUUCCCGACUAUGCCAAAGUCGCUAAGGAGGGUAAAAGAUCGCAGUUGUCGUCUUUCCUUCACUGGGUGCAGCUGAAGAAAUACCAAUACGAAGUCACUUUCUCCCUCUACAUGCUCACCCCGACGGAGAAGUUCAUUUUCAAUUUGAUCCUGUUCCUGCUGGUCUCGAUGCUGGUCACCGCCGCAACCCUCUACCUCCCUAAUCACAUUGUCGUCAUUUAUCACCGUAUCUGCUAUUAUAUCUCCGGUGAAUUCGCCUACAAGACAUCGACAAACCUGUCAGAGGAGGCAAUGGCUCUCACGGCAGACGGGCUGAGCAUUACUUCCGAAGCAAUCGAGUCGGUUGUGAAGCCAACUCUGCGGGUGGUGGAAUCAGCCAGGGAAACCUUAAAAGAACUUUGA